ACCGCGUUCGGGCAGAGGGAGUAAAAGCGUUCGUCUCGCGGCUCGUACGGGCCCGGCCAUCCCAUUCACAGUGCUGGUGGUGUCAUAUUGGAUAGUACGACGGGAAAACCAUCAAACCGUAUCGCACCCAAUUUGCUGCGAGAUUGUGUGGGUGUGUGUGUGUGUGUGUUUCGUUCUCUCAUAACGAUCACGUGUGACGCACCGGGGGCUCGGUGUGUAUGUGAACAUGUUUGCAUCGCAAAAUCGUGCUCCGUAAUGCUCCUUGUUGAUAAGCAGCAGCGCGUCGCCGUGUCUGUCGUGUGGUGUGUAUAAGAAGAAAACAACAACCAACCAAAAAAAAAUGGUUAUGUUGCAAUAAAAUGUGACAGCUCACACUUUCGCUGAUGCCAUCAGAAACAAAACGUAGCAACCGUACCGCAAUGUCAACAGUCAGUGGCAACGACGCGUGUCACCGGCCGCCCCAGUGGCCAGACAAAUCGACGACGCGCAGGGCAGCCCACCGCGGUGGCACUACAGCUGGUCAGGCUUAUCGUCCGUUUGCAGCCGCCGCCGCCGCCCCGGCCGUGUUUUGUCGUGUGAGGGGGCAGUUCGGGUGGCAAAACAAAGUGUCAAGAUCCGUUGUGUAAACAACAGGCGCUUCCGUGCAGGGGUAGGCGCGUUUGUUUUGAGCGUGGUGUCAGUUAAAUAGAGUGUUUGCGGGCGAGUGACGGAAAAAUCAGCGUGCCCGUGGUGAUGUGGUGAUUUCAGCACGGUGUAGUUCUGCUGGCCAGGAAAGUGUGUCGCUUGUUGCCCCAAAGUCAUAGCAAUAACCAACGCAAAGUGGUACCGUGGCAGAUACUUGCAAGCAGAUGCCAACGAGAGCGAAGUGAAAAGUGGCCAGAGCGGCGGUGAAAAUCUCGAAGCAAGUUUGUUGCGUGAAGUGCAGUGAGUGGCAUGCGGAACCAUUGAAAAGCUCGGGGAAAAGUGUUUGCGCGGGUGUGGAGUGCACUUUAAAAAUAUUUCAAACACUGGGUACCACUUUUUCUCGAGUGUGCCAUAGAGUGCAGAGAGAGAGUCAUCCUUUUGUCACGUGCGAAACCCGUGUGCCAUGCAGUUCGGGUCCCACCGAAACGUUCCACGACUGUGAAGCACUGUGGUGUAGCUUCUUUCGCUCGGCAGCCUCCACCACCACCUCAGGCCAUUCCCGGUGGGUCAGUAGUGCGGAUCAGUGCGAGGCUUGAAUUAGCAUAAUAAUUCAACUGCUUCGGUGGUGACUGCAUUGGUAAAGCGAAACGGCAAUUCAUUCCGAAAAAGAGGUGUUUUUUUGGCGUUUUUAUGAAAUAUAUCGGCCCCACAUUAUAUCGCUAUUGUUGGCUGGCUGAUCCGUUGGUGGAGUGUUUCGCACGGAAUCGACUCCCUCGGCGCCUUCCACCGCGAAUAGUGCAGUGUGUGUGUGUAUGGAUUGGGCAGUGGUUUUGGUAAGUGGUCCCCGGAGGAGAGCGAUUUCUUGCCACUGAAUGCCGUAACCCGGUCCAACUGCAACGCACGGCCAGCCGGGUUCCGUAACCAUGAGGUAUUCCAUCGCUGCGCAGUGGAACUUUAUCGUCUGUGGAUUAAUUUUGGCAGCAUCCUUCAUUACCGGUUCCGGUACGAGUCGAAUUUUCGAUAUUGAAAACAUUCCCGUGGUCAAGUACGUAGCGGUCGCUGGCAAAAACAUUACCCUUGACUGUCCGGGCGUUAACGAGCGUUCGCUGGUGGAGACGCUAGUUUGGCGCACGUCUCAUACCAUCGCCGAGUACGUCAACGGUUUGCCGUUGGUCAGCAAUCAGCGGCUCACACUGCUGGGUGAUAAUUUUAGCCUGAUUCUUAGCCCUGCCAUCGCGUCCGAUACGGCCGAGUACAGCUGCCUGCUGAACGACCGGCACAGCCCGGAAGCCAUCGUUGAUUUGCUGGUACAAGAUGUGCCUGACCCGCCCGGACGUCCGCUGGUCGUAAGCUUCACGUCACGUUCGGUCGAUUUAUCCUGGGCCCACUCGCAGGACCCCCGAAAUGCACCGGUUACAAAUUUCAUCAUCGAAACACGCAUCGGUGAAAAUGGUGACUGGGAGCAGGAACCACCGAUACACACGAAAAGCAGCCAGGCAGCCCAUCAGGUGACAGGGCUGCAACCGUUCACCGUCUACAGCUUCCGGGUGAUCGCCGUCAACAAGCUCGGCCACAGCCCACCGUCCAAGGAGUCGUACUACUUUGUAACGCUGCGCGAAGCACCGACGGGAAAACCGGUAACAACAAUCGCACACAACACGUCCGCCACCUCUGUAUAUAUCUCCUGGAAGGCACCGCCGCCGGAAUCGAUUCUCGGCGAGUUUCUCGGCUAUCGGAUAACGUACCGGCCCCGGGACUACCACACGGACGACGUCAAGGAGAUCUACAUCCGCGAUAGUACCGUCGAGAACCACGAAAUUCAUAACCUCGAAACGUACACGCAGUAUCUGGUCUCGAUACAAGUGUUCAACCCGGAAGGAUUAGGACCGCCGACGACCGUUCUGGUUAUGACAGAUGAAGGAGAACCAAGCCCACCCCAGAACCUGACCGUGCUGGAAGUCACAUCCACGACGAUCAAGCUGACCUGGCGCGAACCGGAAAAGGCUAACGGGGCCAUCCAUGGCUACCGGGUGUACUACAUCCAUCAAAACCAGACCGAUCUGCACAUGCCGAUACUGAAGCUGAACGAAAUGCAGAACUCGGUCUAUCACUACACGCUAUCGAAUUUAAAACCGUUCACCGAGUAUCGCAUUCUGGUGACGGCGUUUACGAAGAAGCACGACGGCAAACCGUCCGAGGUGACGCAGCGUACCGAUGUGAGCGGUCCCAGUGCACCGAAGGUGGUCAACCUGACGUGCCACUCGCACAAUGCACUGUACUACGGUUGGCGCAUUCCGCAGACCUUCUACAAUACGAUCGAUCUGUACAUAAUUAGCUAUCGGAACAUUGCGUACCACGAGUUUCGCGAGAUACGCAUCACGGUCAAUGCUUCCAUCAUGGAGACUUCGCUGAUCAUUCCGAACCUUACGAGCAACGCGGUGUACGAGGUAAAGGUGCGCGCAGCAUCGACGAGCGUUAUCAAUCCGAAGCAAAUGAUACUCGGUUCAUAUUCCGAGCCACGUAAGAUUUCACUUCAACCCAACUGCGAGAAAGCUCCACUAAAGUCGCAAAGACAGGCGUACGACGAUUACGACUUGGCGGUGCUGGCCGGCAUCGUAUUCAGUUGCUCCGUGGUGCUGCUCAUCGCGCUGGCGCUCAUUCUUUGGAAAAAGUGUUUCCACGCGGCCUAUUACUAUCUGGACGACCCGCAGCCUUGUCAGGGCGCACAGGCGGGACUGAUCGAUUGGGAAGCACCGAGCGAGAUCGGUGGUGAAGUGCGCGGACCAGUGGCGGUGGCCGACUUUGCGAAACACGUUGCCCAACUGCACGCGGACGGUGACAUCGGUUUCAGCAAGGAGUACGAAGCGAUCCAGGGCGAAGCGCUCAACGAUGAGUACCCGUCGGAGAACUCGCAGCAUCCGGAGAACAAGGGCAAAAAUCGGUAUCUGAAUGUGAUCGCCUAUGAUCAUAGCCGGGUGCAUCUGCGACAAGUGCCGGGGCAGAAGAAACAUCUUGACUACAUCAACGCUAACUUUAUCGAUGGGUACCAGAAACCGCGCGCAUUCAUCGGCACCCAGGGCCCACUGCCAGGCACGUUCGAUUGCUUCUGGCGGAUGGUGUGGGAGCAGCGCGUCACAGUCAUCGUGAUGAUCACGAACCUGGUCGAGCGGGGCCGUCGGAAAUGUGAUAUGUACUGGCCGAAGGAUGGUACCGAAACGUACGGUAUUAUACAGGUGCGCCUGGUCAAGGAGGACGUGAUGGCGACGUACACCGUGAGAACGCUGCACAUCAAGCAUCUGAAGAUGAAGAAGAAGAAACAGUCGCAAAUGGAGAAAACCGUCUACCAGUAUCACUACACGAACUGGCCCGACCACGGUACGCCCGACCAUCCGCUGCCGGUGAUUAACUUUGUGAAGAAAUCAACCACCGCCAACCUGCCGGACGGUGGCCCGAUAGUGGUGCACUGUUCGGCCGGGGUCGGCCGAACGGGAACGUUCAUCGUGCUGGAUGCAAUGCUGAAGCAGAUCGAGGCGAAGGGCUCGCUGAACGUGUUCGGCUUUCUGCGGUACAUUCGCGCCCAGCGCAACUAUCUGGUGCAGACGGAGGAGCAGUACAUUUUCAUCCAUGACGCGCUGGUGGAGGCGAUCACUAGCGGUGAGACAAACAUCAAGAUGGAUGCGAUCGGUGGGUUGGUGAACCAUCUGGAUUACAUCGAUGCACAGUAUAAGGUGAGUGUGGAUAGUACACCUGUUUUUUGUAACCAAAUCGAUUCAUUUUCUGGGUUUUGUUCCUUUCUCCUUCGCCAGCUUAUUGUGAGUUAUCAGCCCAAGGAGAUCAAUUUGACCUCCUCCCUGAAGCCGGUCAAUGCAAUCAAGAAUCGUAGCUCGCUGGUGCCGUUGGAGGGUAGCCGGGUGCAUCUCACGCCGAAACCGGGCGUGGAAGGAAGCGACUACAUCAACGCCACCUGGCUGCACGGUUUCCGCCGGCUACGCGAUUUUAUCGUCACCCAGCAUCCAGUGAUCGAGACGUUCAAAGACUUUUGGCAGAUGGUAUGGGAUCACAAUGCUCAAACAGUAGUACUGCUCUCGUCGGUGGACAAUAUGUCUUUCUUGCAAUUUUGGCCUAACGAGUCGGAACCGAUCGAAAGCGACUACUAUCGCAUCCGGAUGGUGUCGGAAACGUCGGAGGAUAAUCACAUCGUGCGAAACUUUGUCAUACAAUCGAUACAGGACGAUUACGAGCUGAGCGUCAAGAUGCUGGAAAAUCCUGGCUGGCCCGACAUGAACAACACGCGCUCGAUAUUCGACUUCGCCGUGCGUGUCCACGAACGCUGCAGCGAAUACAGGAAUGGGCCGAUUGUGGUAGUGGACAGAUACGGUGGGUUCCAGGCGUGCCAGUUUUGCGCCAUCAGCUCGCUAGCGAUGCAGCUAGAGUACGACCAGACCGCCAACAUUUACACCUACGCCAAACUGUACCACAAUAAGCGACCGGGCAUCUGGACGUCGUACGAUGACAUUCGGCAAAUUUAUCGGAUACUGUCGUACAUGCCGAAAGAUCUCGGGCUGCUCAAGUGCACCGAGCUGCGUACCGAGUUCGACGAUGCGGCCAUGAUGACGGCGACACCCGACCUGUACAGCAAAAUCUGCAGCAAUGGCAGCAUUAACAAUCAGCUCACCGGUGGCACCCCGGACGGGGUGGGCAAUGGCACAACGACGACAACCACUACAACGACCACCUCGAUUAAUGCGCCGCCGGGCAUGACGAUUCCGGGCGUGGUAGCGGGCACACCGAACUCCGUCUGCCCACCCAUGAUAGGGAUCGGUGGAACGACGCCGCCGCCACCCGCAACACUGCAGAACGGUGGUACCGUGAUCGUGAAGAUGAACGGUGACGACAACGACGAGCUGUCGGUCGUGGUAGCCACCGGCAAUCACCAUCUAAACCUGGACCACAAUCAGACGUAAAUCGUAAAUCUCCCAACUAGUUUGCCCUGGCUGCAGAAGCUUCCUGCGGGUGAAUGCGGGCGAAAGUAUUUAUUUGCAUUUAAUAUGUCCUUAUUUUUGCAAGGAUUUUUUGAGGUUAUUGCUGAAGAGAGGAGCGAGGCGCAGAAGAGACCCCAAUGGCUGGAACGCUCCUAUCGCUUCCCUCUCUUUGGUGGCCGAUUUGUCAUAUUUUACCGGACAGCAUUCACUUUUAUACCGUUUAUAAAUACGUCGUGACCAAUUUAUACAGAUAUAAUUUAAGAUCAGUAUUUAGUAUAUGUAAUGUAACGAAUGCGCAUGCCGGGCCCGAUUGCUGCUUUUGUGCGACGGCGCCACCAACAGCACCCGCUGUUGUGAGAUAUUACCAUUUAGUACUCGUUAAUCCUUAAAGGACCUUUACCGAACUAAUCCUGAUAUGCAACUGCGAAACACACACACAUACACCUACACAAAUAUGCACUAAAUCUAGUCGUCAAAAGUUCGGUAUAAAAAUGCGCGCCACAAUUGAGCGCUUUGGUCGUAAAAAGAUAGUUGAUUUAACUGUGUGUGGCUACCAGUCCACCCUGUAGCAUCCUACAGACACUGCAAACUAUUGCCAGCAAGCAAAUAGUUCUUGUUCUAAGAAAACGAUACUGCUCAGCCAAUGGUAGUUGUGCAUUUUUAUUAUUUCCCUUUUCCGCUUAUAUUGAGGAAGAUUUCUAUCGAGAGAGAAAAAGAAAAAGAUAAUCAUAUUGAUUAUGAUUCCACAGUUUCUACUACUUCAUUUCGUGUAGUGGGUUUCGAACGAAUCUCGUGGAGCUAGCGCUCCCCUCUUCGUUCGAUCGCGCUCAUUUCCAACUCAUUGGUGCACGGACGUUAAGUUCAGCUGCUUAAGUGCCGUUGUUUACGACAAGUUUAGUACCAUAAUACCUACAAUAGUUACGAUUUGUAUAUAGUCAUUAUAAUUGCCCCAUAAUUACCGCUAAGCAAGCAUUCGAAUCGCCCGGGCCAUGUCGUACAGAGUGGACAGCUGUACUGGAAACACUCCCCACAAAGGACGAACAAUCCUUAAAAUGCGCAAAUAUCCGAUCCUAUUCCAAUUGGUUGUGUCUCAUACGUAACACCACUGGAUGCGCGCACCAGUGUCGGAUCCGUUUGAUUUGAAAUUCAAAUAUUUUAUGUCGAACUAAGUCAGCCCAAACGGUCGUUAGGCCGCACAAUUCAACACUCUUUCUACAUCAGCAUGCCCCAAGGUACAGGCCAUAGCUCGCUCAUUUGGCCAAUUGACCAUACACAGUGAUGUGAGCAACAAACAGUAAAAAAAAAAACAAAACGUUAUUAGAUAAAAGUAACGUUAAGAUAAAAACAAAUCAUACGAAUGAGAGAAAGAUAGAGAGAGGGAGAGAGACAGAGAGAGAAAACGAUGAGAUAUAAAGACUGGUUUUCUAAGCUUCUUGCCCCGUCUGUCAACCUUUAGACCAAGCAAAAGUGUGGACACAAACACGCAGCACAAAUCGUACACCGGCGAUACGGCGACGCUGAGUGAAUAAUAGAACAAACCGAUAUCGAAACAACUUCUUCAGUAUCGAACAAAAAGUGCAAAGUAUAGUUAAUGGAAGCGCGCGUGCGUUGAAAAACGAUGCAAAACCACACAGAAACCCCGGUUGGAUAUAGUUAAGAAACAGAAAAAUGCACACAAAGACUUUAGAGAAAAGCAGGAUUUGAUUAAAACAUUUCUCAUUCCCGUCACCCACAAAUCAACGCCCUGAUAGGCCGCCGUGAUGAUGCGUGAAAGAUGCGUGCUGUGUGCCAAAAUACAUUCAAUCUUUGCACAAUUCACGAAGCUAAGUCCCACACAAGGUGCACACACAAGGGAGUCCACAAGACGGCGCAACGGCCGCCCCCACCAGCUGUCCAUUAUAAAAGGAGCUGCUACAUUUCCGGGCAAUUACACAUUAAACAAAUGAUAAACAGCGUCAGCACACAGUCAAAGGUCCAGGAUAAGGCAGGAAUAACGUCGCGCGAAUUGGGUACGGUUAUUAUAAAAUGUGAUUAAAACUAGAUUGUAGAAGACCGUAGAGAGCAGGCCCCCGCACACACCACCUGUGUGUUGACAACAGAACUCAAAUCCCUGUCUAUUUUCUCUAAUAGAAUCAUACCUGUUCCCUCCCCAAGUGUGAAUGCGCUACGUGCGGCUGAGAGUUUCCCAAUUCCUAUUAGUGUACACAAGGGAGUUUAGCGCAUAGUUUAGCGAAAACCAACGAAAGCUACAUUAGUUAACGAGUAUCACACAAUUACAAACACACACACAUACAUACAAUCGGCUAGCAUUCAUAUUUGGAGUGUAGCGAAGAUUUGCCGCCUUAACGAAGGCGUGCAAAGGUUGAGGGAGAAGAAAAUUUCGCUGCAAACGUGUGCAAAGGGAUUGAUACUCAAGCAGCCGUUUUUUACAGUUCCUUAUCCUUAGAAGAAACGAAUCAAAUCGCUCAACUCUCCUUCCCCCAGCAUCAGCUGUUGUGUCGUCGUGCUCUGAAGAAGGGGGAAAAGCAUUCCACAUGGUGUACCCCAUUCCCGAUUAUACAGUGGAACACACAGUAUUAGGAAAACUUUUACCACAUACCAUACCAUCAUCAUCGUUCCCCACGUUCUUCCACGAUUAGUCAGUAUUCCGUAGCACACAAUACAACAACAGCACGCAACGUCCCAGAAGAACAUAAAAUCGAACCGAUUAAUUAGGAGCGUACGCGACUACAAACCAAGUAGCAAAAACAACAUCGCAUAAAAGCCAACACGUUCACAAGUAAACCUAGUAGAAAUUUCAACCGUGUAUAUCUCUUUUAGCUAAAGAAUUGCGAAUGCGAACCACUCGUUGCAGAACAAACAAACAAAAAAUUAGGAAAAUUUUGCAUACCCGCACAAAACAAACAACGUCGAUAGGAAGGAAGGAAGGAACGUGUAAAUCACACCCCCCGCGUUGUGCUGAACGCAGUAGUAAGUAAAGUAAAAACUAAAAUCAAACAUUAAGAGAGGGCACUAGCUCGAUGGUGCCACGUAUUACAACUACUACUACAAACUACUACUACAAACUACUACAAGAACAAAACUGAAAAAGAAACCAAAUUUAAAUUAGGCUUGAAAUAAAUUAUGAAAAAUUAAAACAAACUACUUUCCCCUGUGAAGAAGACAGGAGCAAGGGAAGCACACGUGCCCGCAAGCAUGGAAUUAUUGUUUGUUGUGCAGGUGUCCAUGAAUAAUGAAAGGGGAAAAGGAACGAAUGCUUUGAACAAAAACGUUGAGUAAAACAAACAAACAAGAAUGAUAGAAGAAUGAAAAAGUCCGUUAAAGUAAGCGCCAACGAGCGAUCAGUAACGAUCUCCUACCAGACAAGAACAAUCGUAUUGCGGCCCGUGCCCCCCGCAGUGCUCUACAGGUGUGUGUGAUGUAUUUGUUGCCCCGGCAUGAUGUGAACAUACAUAGUUUUUAAGGAUCCACUCCACUAAGGAAACUUCACACCGUAGCAGCGGGUCAGCAGCGUCCCGGAAUGUUGUAAACGCAUCUAAAAACGAACGGAUCAUUUGAUCGUGUUGAUAAGUAGCAAAACAAAACAAACAAACAACUGUAUGCGCACAGGCAGAACCGGCAGAUGAUCAAUGAUUAAUAGGAACGAAGUGGAUAAUAGAAAGUUAUUCGAUUAGACUAGCGAUUUAGAUGGACUGUUGUGGCCGACGCCAUACCUGAAAUGCACAAAAACAAACAAACUGAAAAUUAGCCGCCAGAGGUACGCACCGGAAAGCACGCGUGCACGCACGCACGCACGGAGCGCAGAUAUGCGCGCGAAAACGACGUGCGCGUGCGCCAUCCUUCGGGUGUUGUGAUGGGUGGAAAGAAAGCAUGGGAGCCUUCUCCCGCUGGGGCCGCAGUUAGAAAUCGAAGUAAAUACAUGUAAUAUUUUAUGUGAAAAUUAAAACCACAACUGAUAAUACAAAAACCGUACAGAGCGUGA